AGAACCACAAAGAAAUGCUCUUAAAUUUUACUAGACUUGUAACUUGUCUGGGCUCUAUGGUCAUGUCAGACUGGUGCUAUUACAUGUUAUUGUUGAUAAAUUAGAACUUUAUUUAGGAGUUUAGUGUAAAAUCUGACUGUAACUGAUAAAUAUCACCACAAUACUUGAGCAAAAAUAUUUACUUACUCCGAUAAAAUGUCAUUGCGAUCAUUAUAACCCUUUCUCACAGCGGACGUUUUGACUUGUCAUAGUAGGGGAAAAUCACUGGUGUUAAUAACAUUAACGAUGGCUCUCUUCUUUUUAAGUGUCCCCAGAAGCCAGUGGUUAUCAAACUGGGACUAAUAGGGUUAAUAGAGCAUGGGGGGGAUUGUGGAUAUAGAGCGGAUCAAAAGUUGCAUGAAUAUGUCAUGUGAUUUAAACAAACAGAAGUGCUCUGAUGUUAACCUGAAUCCUGUUUAUUUCAGUCACCUGAACUUUUUUUGGCUGCUGAAGGGGGGAGCAUGACAGAAAAGGUUUGAGAACCAUUGCAGUAAGUUAUGACUAUAUGCACAAAACCAGGACCCUGAAACUGAAGCAGCAGUAAAAGUGAUUUAAAGUUAGGUGUAACUUAACUGAUGUAGAGAUUUUUAUUGAUCUAUUUUCACAGUAGACCUACAAGUACUGUAAAAUGUCAUUUGGGGCAAAUCUGUAGAUGCCAAUUUUGGGUAAUAAGUAUAAAAAGUAUGAACACUUAUAGACAAUAAAUACUAUAAAUAUCAAUAGAUAAUAGAAAAAUAGAUACAUACAAUAAUAGAUAGCAUGUAGAUGUUGCAUAAUAGUAUAUUAGGUAUUGACAAAAUAACAAACAAAACUUCCUAAAUGUUAAGUUAAAGUUUUGGUGUGAAAUGUAUCUAAAAUGCUUUCCAAAGCAGUCUGGAGUAAUUACAUGUUAUUGAUAAGCUGUGUGUCUCUGAAUUAAAAAUGGCCAAUUGAAAGUAUAUAACUGUCUUACUUUAUAUUUUCCAUCCUGUGUUUUAGUUUCCAUUUUUGAUGCUUUUGCAGUGAAAACCUGUUUGUUGCUGACUAGCUGAAACGCCUCUAGUGGCGUCAAUGUCAGGGAAUGUGGACAGAGCUGUGUGGUAAACACAAAACAUGUCGCAGGAAACGUUAGCGCGCCAAAAAGCAGAUGAUUGAAACUCCCGCGGCCCCUCUCAGCCAAUGAGAUCCUCCGGAGCCCCGAGCAGCGCGGGGUUUAGAUGAAGGGGGAGGAGCGCGAGAGACAUCCUCUGCAAGAAACUGUCAACCUUCAGCAUGUGCAGAGCUCCCCGAGUUUCAGACCAGGAAAGCCUCGAGCCAUUUGCCCAAAUCCAACUAUCCAGGCAGUGGAAGGUGAUACAGUCACUCUACAAUGUCAUCUGAAUCCCCCGCACAACGUGGUGGAUUACGCUCUUGAUUGGACAAGAGAUGACCUCAACAAAGGGGUGUACUCUUAUCGAGGCAAGCAGGAAAAUCCAAAUGACUGGAUGGAUCAAUACAAAGGCAGGUCGACUCUCCACCUUGAAGACCUGAGCAGAGGCAUCCUGACUCUGCAGAUCUCCUCAGUACAGCUGGCUGACAGCGGACCGUACAAGUGUUUUAUCUCAAGACUGAGGACCAGCUGUGUUGUUAAUGUCACUGUUGAAACGAAGGGAAAAGACCAACAGAACGAGACAAAGAGAAAUGAAUCCAGCACAACUGGACCUCCAGACGAUCACAAUGCUGCAGAGAUGGAGGCAGUCUGGAAAACUCUCAUUCCCAUCCUUGUUGUUGCUGCUGCUGGCGGCAGCGUUUUGUUUAUCCUGGUGAAACGUGGAAAGAUCAAAAUUUGCAAGAAGACGCUCAGAGAAGCGAUGAGGCCAGAAGCAGAGAUGAAGCCAAACAACUUCGAAAUGGAAAACUUGAGGACCGGAGCAACAGAGAGGGAUGAAGACUGAGACCAAUAACUUGUUUUGCUCAACAAACAUCAAGUUAAAUGUUGUUUAUGGAACGUAAUAUCUCAAAUUUGCCUCAGGGGGCUUUACAAUCAGUGCAACACACCACAACCUCUAUAGACCAUCAGGGGGUGAAUAGUUUCAAGCAGCAGCAACUAUCUGUAAAUAUUAAUGCAUCAUGUGCAUUGAUUACUAAGUUCACUUCGCCAAACGUCUCUGACUACGCUUAUAUUCUCUCUCUAUAUGUCUAAUAGCCUUACUUCUGGGGACUGAUGAUGAUUAAGUUUGGAGGGAAGAGGGACUGCGCCAAAAUCAUGGAAAUACAUUCACAGCAGCGACCAUAUUUGCAGCAAUUCCCUGUGUGUGUGUAUAUAUAUAUAUUAACACAU